CAGAGGACCGCUGGCCUGAUGUUGCCUCAGAACUCCGGGGUAGAUUCAGCGCCUUUAUUGAACACGGUGACUUGCAUGAUGUUUGAGACCAGGCUCAACACACCAAUGCUGUGUGCAGCGUGAGGAGGUUUCCGGACAGGUUAUACCCCAUGCGAGCGGGUGUAGGUCUAGCGCGGCUACGCCGUUGUGAGCCUUGGCGGUUCGGCCGGCGAGCCUAUGUGGACAGCAAAGAUCAUAUUGUUUCGGUGCAGAAGAUGACCAACCCUAUGGACGUGUUGGAUUACAUGAGCCAGCAUAGUGACGCCGACAUCAGGACCUAUGAGACGUCCUUGCGCUCUCUAGCGAGGCUUCAAAGAGGCAAUCAAGCAGACUUCCUUCAAGAUGAUCGCUUUCAUGCCAUCCUGAGCACACUGGCAAACAGAUUGGAGGAUUGUGAUGCCACAAUGCUUGCCAAGAUCUCUGAUGCGGCCGCGCGAUGCAGCCGCACUUCAACCCCUGAGCUCUCUGAUUUGGCCCAACGCUUGGCUGAAGUGGUGUGCCAGCGCGGGGGCACUUUAAGUCCACGGAAUUUGGCCACUGUAGCCAUGGCCUUGUCCAUGCGAGGCGUUCGCGAUGCACCCACUAUCGAGUUCCUUCGGAAGGAGGUGCUGAAGCGAAUCGACGAUCUCGAACCAGCUCACUGCAACAUCCUUCUCGAGGCCUUCCGAAGAUGGGGUGUGUUUGAUCGAGAGCUGAUCGACUUCUUGGUGGAGCGCAUGUCGGAUGAGGUGGACCGCUUCACCACACGAGACCUGGUGGAUGCGGUGGCCGUCAUCAGCCGUUUGGGCUUGGCUCGGAGGUUUCUGCUCAGCCGGCUCCGAGCUUUGGCAUUUGAGAACCUCGAGCAGUUCUCGAUGAAGCAACUGGCCACAAUGAGCUAUGCCAUGGCCAGACUGCGGAUCUUGGAGGCCAAAGACUUGGAUCAGUUGGUGAAAACCCUCGGGCCUAAGAUCACCGAGCUGGUUGCGUCCCAGAUCUCAGAGUUUCUGUUCGCCUUAGCCAUGGUGAAUGCAAGAAAUCACAUCGAAACGGCCCAGGAACUUGCAAGUCGUUAUGCUGAGGCUGGUAGGAUGGGCUUUCAGAAUAGAAGCACCAACUCCUUGAUUGACUUUGUUUGGGCCUUGGCGGCCCUUGACCUCGUCGGCCAGUUCCAGGAGCACUUUACAGGUGCCUUGGGAGAGGUCUUCGAGAGAAAUACACCGCAAAAUCGUGAGCCACUAUUGAAGUUGUUUGAUAUUUGUUGUGCACUGGAGAUGGAUUAUGCAGAUCUGGACAUAAAGGUUCCCGCGCCCUGGAAGGCCGCCUGUGAAGAUUGUGACAAGAUGGAAAUGGACCGCUUGGAGAAUUCCAAGCUACACAACGAAGUGAUGAUGCGUUUCAAUCAAUUGCGGGCCUCCACCAAAGGAAUGAAAUGGGAAUUGCAGAUGCAAAGGAACGCCGGGUGUGGACCAUAUCGGGUGGACAUGUUCGACGAGGAUACCAAAAUCGCUGUGGAUCUUGACAUCGUCAGCUGGCCAACCUCAAGGCAUAUGAAGCAUCGGUUGCUUCAGCGUGAUGGUUAUCGGAUGUUGAACCUGCAAUACUGGCACUGGCGCCAGGCCCGGACUGAAGAGGAUCAGAAUCUUUUCCUAGAGGCUGCUGUGACACGGGCCCUGGAGGCGAAUUCCCCUCCAUCGAUUGAGUCGUCUUGAAUGGACUUGAAUCAUUGAAUUGAACAUAUUGAAACAUAGAUUGAAAAUGGGUGUGAAUGGCAUGGCCCUCGAAAGGCCCAGCCAUGAGUCAGGAUCAGUCGUAGAACUGUGAGGUGAGG